AUUCUGUUCAGGAUAUCUUUGAAAAUGAAGACUUUGGAUUCAUAUCUGGGGUAGACAACCAGCCGUGUUUAUAUGAUGAGCUUAAUCCGAGAUCGGUGGGCUCAUCACAACUCGGAAGUUAGUGAAUCCCAAGAUUACAGCCUUGAACUGGAUAAGCAUGAUGCUUGUCCACGAAGGCAAAAAAGAAUAGCUACAUCAAUGACGAAUAAAUGUGGAGAAAACAAGUCUCCAUUUGCCCUAGCCAGGUCUAUUGCUGUCGUUAUGGGGAUUCGUUUAUUAUUGGUGGCAGUGGCUUGGAGCGUGACUUUUGCAUUAUUUAAUCAAGAAGUUCCAAUAUGUUUGAAAGAAAAUUACUGUGGCCCAUGUCCUGAAAGCUGGUUAUGCUACAGAAAUAACUGCUACCAAUUUUCCAAUGAGAGCAAAACCUGGUAUGAAAGUAAAGCUUCUUGUAUGAAUCAAAAUUCCACUCUUCUCAAGAUAUAUAAUAAAGAAAAGCAGGAUUUUUUUAAGUUGGUGAAGUCAUAUCAUUGGAUAGGACUGGUACGAAAUCCACCAAAUGUUUCCUGGCAGUGGGAAGAUGGUUCCUCUCUGUUGCCUGACCAAUUAACAAUGGUUGAAAUGCAAAAUGGAAGUUGUGCAGUUUAUGGCUCAAGUUUUAAAGGCUAUACAGAAAGUUGCUUGACUCCAAACACUUACAUCUGCAUGCAGAGGAAUGAUUUAUAAAAGACUCAUAGACAUAGAAGAUGUUCACUGGAUGUUGUUCAUGAAGAAAUCUUUAAAAAAAAUCACCAAUACUCAUUGAAUUAUUCUUUCAUCUUGAUGUGGAACUGAGGGAUAACUUAGUCUGCUAUGUGUGUUGCCGAGGUUUGAGCCUCAGCACCACAGGGCUGUAUCACAGUGCUGGAGAAACAUAAAUGAAAGCUUAUAUAUACUUUCAAAAAUAAUAUAAUGUAAAUUGCCUAUGUUCCUGUUCCUGGAAUUAAGAAAAAGGGAGGUAGUCCACAGUUUGAGGGGAGGAGGGUGAUCUAGCUCUCUAAGGGAGAAGAUAGUGGUUUGUUAGAAAAUAAGGUGUACAGACAACUUUCCUGAGGAGAUGUGAACUACAUCUCUGUGAUAACAACUCUGUAAAUCAGGGGUCAGUGGUGGCACAACUGGUUGAGUGCACAUGUUACAAUGCACAGAUUCAAGUCCUCAGUCCUCACCUUCAGGGAGAAAGAUUUAGUGAGUGGUGAAGCAAGGCUGCAAGUAUUUCUCUGUCUCUCCCCCUGUUUAUCUUCACUUCUGAAUUUUUGGCUGCCUGUAUCCAAUAAAUGAACAUAAUUAAAGUAAAAAAAAAACCUCUGUAAUCAACCUUUGAUUAAUAAAAUCAUUAACAACAAAAUAAUAAAACUAUGUUUUAUAACAAUUUUACAGAAUAUAGUACAGUUUGAAGAAAAUCAUUGCUAAAUUAGCAAAGGAAAGGGGGAUUCUGCAGAUUUUCAGAAUUCUGUGAAAAUGAGGAUCCCAAGGGAUAUACAAUCAUGGAUACUGACUUCCAUUUGGUUGAUUUGGAAUAAAUUUGGGGAAGUAGUUUGAUUUGAUAAUAAUCAAAGAGCUCUAGAAACACUAGGUAAAACCUAGGGCACCAUAACAUAAGGUUACCUGUCUUUCUAGCAUUGGGCUUUCGAGAUCUAUAAUCUCAAAUAAGAAGUGAAAAAUAAAAUCUGGAAGAAAUAGUAAGGACCCUUGCUAGUGAAGCAAAUUAUAAUAUCAUCCCAAAACAUAGUUUAUUGACAUAAAGAUACAAUGUUAAGCUAAAUAAAACAAAUAUUACAUUAAUAUUGUGAAUGAAUAAGUCGAUUGAACCAGACAUUACUUUGGUACAUGUGCUGCUGGGGAUUGAAUUUAGGACCUCAUGCUUGAGAGUUCAAUGCUUUACUUACUGUGCCACCCCCCAAGACCGCAUAUAGAAAGCUAGGUGAUAUUAGCGAUUAAGAGCAAGCCUUUAGAAGACUAGAUAAUGAAAGAAUCUCCUCCUUUCCCUUCCCAAGGACAGCAGACAAUUUCUGAUUAACUAAGAAUGUUACCAAAACCUGUCUGUCUUGUAACCUUUGUGCCAUGAUGGUUAUCACUAACCUUCCCGCUUGCUUCCUCUUGCCACAUGGUAGUUUCAGAAUGUUUAUUCUAGGAAUGUACUCAUGUGAUCCCCUUGAAGUCACCUACUCCUGUUCCCUUUAAAAGGAGAUGAGUUCCCAGCAUCUGGGUCUCUCUCCCAAACAAUGGGGCCAUAGCUGGCACUCUGGCUUAGGUGUGGGGGGGUUGACCCCUCAGGUCUCUUGAGGUCCCGGUGUUCUGUGUCUGUACAUGUAUUAUUGUGUGUAUUUGUGUGAAUAAAUACUUCAACUUCCUCUAUUUAUUCUGUUGACUUCAGUGUGUCUCAGUUUGUAGUGGGUACGGUAAGAAGCAAAAUACUUAACAAAUAUGUAGACUCUAAAAACAAUGAAUUUAUAGAAUAAAGAGUAGAACAGUGAUAGCCAGUGUCACUGGUUGGGGUAGAUGUUGAUCAAAGGGUACAAAUACUUAAACACUUGUAAAGCUGUCUCCUUGAGUUUCUUUAUUUUAAACUUCUCUCAUGUUAAAAACACCAUGUGUUAACUGAUUUUAUUUGUUGUUAAGACCCUCUCUUGACAACUAAGAUGAGAAUAUAUAAUAUGUAUGUGUGUAUAUAAAGUAUAAUAACAUUCAAUAUGAUAUAUUUCUCUAUUUUUCUAUGCAAAAAAUGCACCAUGACUUUUGCAACAAUCAAAAACUUUCUGAAGAAAAGUAACUUCAACUAAGAAUGUUGAUGAAAUGCUCCAAAUAUAGUGAAUAUCAUAAAUUAGAGACAGAGAGAGAUAAGGCAGGCAGGGGUGAGGAGGGAGAGAAGGAUAAGAUGCAAAUGAUGAUAUGUUAAUACUAAAAAAAUGUGGGUAAUGAUAUAUAGUAACAUUGUGUAAUACUUGGACUGCUUUUUUUAAUAUAUGAAAUUAUGUUAAGAACAAAAGCAAAAAAACUGGGGCCAUCCUUGAAGACUCUCUUAUAAAUUACAACUCAUCAUAAAGAGACGAUUAGUCUACAUGUAUAUGUACAUGUGUAUGUUUAUAUAGAUACAUAUAUCUACUAACUAUGUAAACAUAGGAAAGUCAGUAUGUAAAUACAUGUUGACCUGUCACAGUUAUCACUUCUGUCACCUUUAAUACUGUCAGGCUCACUACUGUUAACACAUUGCAAAAGUUUUGUUUUUCUUAAAAUAUCACCCCUGUACACUUAGAUUCAUGCAUAUAGAUGCAUUGCAUAAAAUAGAAAUUCCAUUCUGUUAUAUUCUUAUAAAGGAGUUGUGUUUGCUAAAUAAUAAUAUUGGUUUAUGGUCCUCAAUCAUCUGGUGGUUUGGGCACCCCUGCUUGUGACCAUUACAUUAAUUACAAAACAAGGAGUUUUUCUUCUUUCCUUCUUGUGAGUGUUGGUGUUAGAGGCAGGAAGAAAUGAGAAAUAACCCAGUGAGGGGCUGAGUGGCGGUGCACCUGGUUGAGAGAACAUGUUACAAUGUGCAAGGACACAGGUUCUAGCCCCCAUUCCCCACCUGCAGGAGGAAAGCUUUGCGAGUGGUGAAGCAGUGUUGCCGGUAUGUGUCUGUGUCUCCCCCUACCCUCUCAAUUUCUGUCUGUCUCUAUACAAUAAAUAAAGAUAAUUUCAAAAGUUAAGAGAGAAAGAGAAAAUGUUUUACAUCAGAAAAGGUAGCAGCAGCAAAUGUUGGAUAGGUUGUGGGGUCAAAGGAACCCUCCUACACUGCAUGUGGAAAUGUCAAUUGGUCCAUCUUCUGAGAACAGUUUGUAGAACUCAGAAGGCUAGAAAUGGACCUACCCUAUGAUCCUGCAAUUCCUCUCCUGGGGAUAUAUCCUAAGGAACCCAACACACCCAUCCAAAAAAAUCUGUGCACACAUAUGUUCUUAGCAGCACAAUAUGUAACAGCCAAAAUCUAUAAGCAACCCAGGUGUCCAACAACAGAUGAGUGGCUGAGCAAGUUGUUGUAUAUAUAUACACAAUGGAAUACUACUCAGCUAUAAAAAAUGGUGACUUCACCGUUUUCAGCCGAUCUUGGAUGGACCUUGAAAAUAUCAUGUUAAGUGAAAUAAGUCAGAAACAGAAGGAUGAAUAUGGGAUGAUCUCAUUCUCAGGCAGAAGUUGAAAAACAAGAUCAGAAGAAAAAACACAAGGAGAACCUCUACUGUAAUUGGCGUAUUUCACCAAAGUAAAAGACUCUGGAGUGGUUGGGAGGGAGAAUACAUGUCCAAGAAGGAUGACAGAGGUCCUAGUGGGGGUUGUAUUGGUAUAUGGAAAACCUAGAAAUGGUAUGCACAUACAAACUUUUGUAUUUUCUGUUGAAGGUAAAACAUUAAUUUCCCAAUAAAGAAAUUAAAAUAAAAAACAUGAAAUAAAUUUCAAGAUGGUAACCCCAUA